GCCCCUCCGGCCCUCGCAGCGGAGCCGCUCGCAGAACAUCGCGCCCUGCACCGUGUCGCAGCUGCUGGCGGGGCCCAGGGGCGGGGCCGAUCCCAGAGAUGACACUCCCCAUGUCCCCAACGAGCAGCUGGGAGAAGAAAAGGUUCUGCACAUAAUAGCAAAUCUGACUUCUCUGAUAACAGAGACAUUUCCAGGCACCAAGGUCUAUGCAGCCAUGGGCAAUCAUGACUUCCACCCCAAGAAUCAGUUUCCUGGGAAGGAGCACAGGAUCUACAACCAAACAGCAGAGCUGUGGCGGCCCUGGCUGAGUGAUGCCUCCCUUCCUCUCUUCAGAACAGGAGCUUUCUACAGCGAGAAGCUGCCUGGCCCAGGGACGAGGGGACGGGUGGUUGUCCUCAACACCAACCUCUACUAUGACCAGAAUGAGGAGACAGCUGCUGAGGAGGACCCUGGGGGGCAGUUCCAGUGGCUGGAAGAAACUCUGACCAACGCCUCCAGAGCAGAUGAAAUGGUUUACAUUGUGGGCCAUGUCCCUCCUGGCUUCUUUGAGAAGACACGGGGCAAGCCCUGGUUCAGGAGGGGCUUCAACCAGCGCUACCUGGGCAUUGUGCAGAGGCACCACAGGGUGAUUGCUGCCCAGUUCUUUGGGCACCAUCACACUGACAGCUUUAGGAUGUUCUACAGCCACACAGGUGCUCCAAUCAAUGUCAUGUUCCUGGCCCCUGGAGUGACUCCCUGGAAAACAACAUUGCCUGGAGUGAGCAAUGGAGCCAACAACCCUGCCAUUCGUGUGGUUCACUAUGACCAGGACACCCUGCAGGUCUUGGAUAUGGUGACUUACUACUUGAACCUGACUCGUGCCAACAGGAUGGGCUCAGCAGGGCUCCCAGAGUGGGAGGAGGAGUACAGGCUCACAGAGGCCUUCCAGGUCCCUGAUGGCUCUGCAGCCUCCAUGCAGAGAGUGCUGGAGAAGAUCUCCAGGGACCCCCAGUACCUGCAGCUGUACUAUGAGCUGAACUCUGCCAGGUAUGACCUGGAGCUGUGCCAGCAGGAAUGCCGUGUGGAUCACCUGUGUGCCAUCAGGGAAAUGGAUUUUACAAAGUAUGAUGAGUGUGUGAAAACCAACAGCUCUGCCUCUGCUGCCAGCAGUGUCUGGCUUUUGGUUUUCUGCAUUUUCUUAGGAUUGCUCCAUCCUCAGCGAGUGCUGUGAUGGCAAGAGCAAGAGAAAAGAAGGAAGGCACAAGAUUACACUACACUGCAUGGGAAUUGGUGGUUUUGGCAUUGAGAACUUGCUUGGAAAGCAGGACAAAAUCGUCAAUGUUUACUAAAAGCCUUGUGAUGCUGAUUUGAAAUUUUCUAGAGAUGUGUGAAGAGCAAUGUUUUUGAGAGCCUGAUUGUGCAACAAGGAGUGUCUCCCCUCUGCUGGGACUGCUGGGGCAGCCUCACAAAUCAGAUGAAGCCCAGGCCUCCCUGUGGGCAUGAACUGGCAAGGAGUGAGGGUAGGGAGCUGCCACGUGUUCCAGAGGCUGCUGCCAGCAUUCCUUAUUGUGGCACACACUUCUGGUGACACAGCUGGUGACUCAGGCAGUCUGGCUGGGGUGACAGCCCAGGGCAGGCUGCAGAUCAGUGACAGGGGAUGGUGCCUGAGGCUGCCCAAGGCCUCACUGCCAGAGGAGCAGCAGAGCUGGGCUCUGAGCACAACUUACAAAGAGGAUUAUGCCACAACCAGAUAAAACUUGACUCAAAUAAAAGCAGCCACUGUUCAAAAUCCAAUGCCAAGUGUCCUUGUGUACCAAAGUGCAGCACGAGGCAGCACAGCAGCUCACAAGCAAAGCAACUGGAGCAGCUUUAGGAGCUGCAGCCUGAGGCCAAGGCCUGCAGGGAAAAGGGCACUUUGCCAGGGCAGGAUCCUCCCCUGAGCCACAGCACCACGGGCAGGCUCAGCUGUACCAGCACACACUGCAACGAACACACUACACUCUCCAACCUGGCAAAAUCUGCAUUUAAUUUACAACAUAGUAAAGGUUACAGGUAAAAAGCUCAACAGAAGUGUGAAAAGGCCUAUUACAUAUUACACAAGUGUACAAAUGUCUGUACAAAGCCCCUCGAUGUUCCUGUCCCCUCGUGGCCAGCUGUGGCCCCUAAGCUCUGAAAUAAUAAGAGCUGGUUCAGAGUCUGAGAGGAGAAGAGCUUUAAAAAACGAGCAGUAAAGUUUUCCUUGUCAAGAAAAAUCUUGCAAAAAAAAUCCUAAACCCCCCCCAACCCACCCCUCUUGCCCUGAAAUAAAACAAAAAAAAAAAAAAAAAAAACCAAAAGAAAAAGAAGGAAACCUGCUCAACUUUUUUUUUUGUCCUGACUAGUCUAACUCUUAAGAGUUGCCUUCAGAAAGCAUCUGGCUGGGAAAUGAAAAUCUUAGAGGCCAGACUAAAGAGGAAGAUUCUGAGUUAUUGUGGGAGCACUGGGAAGCAGAACAAAUGCCCAACAGCUGAACCAUCAAUGGCAACUUAAACACAGAGCAGCACAGCUGGAUCAUGGAGCAGGUGUGAAUCCACACAGGGAACAGUCUGAGCUGGAUGUGAUGGAGUGGGGAGGGAACAGAGCAGUCUCUAAAGCCUGGCUCUGUGAGCUGGGCAGUGCCUGCUGGCACCUCAGGGACAUGAUAGAAGCAAUCACUGCAGAGCAGAACUCACAGAUUGUGGGGCAUCUGCCUGAAAUGGGUCUGGUGCAUCCAGCAUCCCAUCUCACAGCACUGAGCCAGCACCAUCCCAUCUCCCUGGAGCACAGCACUGAUCCAACAUCCCCUCUCCUGGAGCACAGCACUGAUCCAACAUCCCAUCUCCUGGAGCACAGCACUGAUCCAACAUCCCAUCUCCCUGGAGCACAGCACUGAUCCAGCACUAUCCCAUCUCCCUGGGGCACAGCACUGAUCCAGCAUCCCAUCUCCUGGAGCACAGCACUGAUCCAGCACCAUCCUGCCCCAACAACCUGGCACCCCCUCCCCAGGUAGCUGCAGUCCUGCACACACUGAGCCAGGUGCAUGCUCAUGCUCUCAUUUCAGUGCACAUUUCCUGGAACCCCCUAACAGCAAAGGAAUGUGACUUGGAGCUGAACUGCAUUAGAGUGUGUGCAAAAAUCCAGAAUAAACAUAAGAAUAAUAAAGCUCUGGCCUUACCUUGCAUAAAGUACAGCCACAAUAUGUCUGAGUAUGUGAAUAAUUUUCAAAUCUAAACCCAAGGAACUAAAGGGCUUGAGCAACAACCCAAGUCCACUGAGAAUUCCUAUUCUGGCUCUCAGCAGCACUCAAUUCUCACCUGCAGCUCCCAGCAGCUAAAAUAUCAGUGUGUGGGGAACAUGCCAGUCCCCCCAGCUUUCUGUCUUGAUGAACCUCAUAUACUCUAAACUUAGAAGUUCCAUUUGCAAGUAAAAAAUGAAACUAUUUAAGUUACAGGGGCCACCAAGUCUAAAAGAAACUCCACUGUGUUAACUUCACCCUGAGCUAUCCAGGGGAGUCACCGUGGCACAGUGCCUGAUCCUGUUGGAUGUUUGCACCCUGUAUCCAUCCCACAGAGCCCAUCCUGCAGCACUGGAACAAAGCUGAGGAGCCCAGCUGCUUCCCUGCUUAUCCAUCUCAACUCACAGCUCAUGGGGUGAUCUAGUGUUCUAUGUGGAAAUCAAAACAAGCUGUAGCCAAACUAAAAA